CUACAUUUCCUCUCUCUCUCUCUAGUGGUAAAAUAAGAUCUCUUGCCUACUCCACCAUUACAAGAAAGCUUAUCUCUACAUCAGAGGAUGGUAUGCUAGGCGUCUGGGACAUGGACGCAGAGAGAGAAGAGACUACAGAGUGGGGUGGCUCCAAUGUAUGCGAGAAAUGUAACGUCCCUUUCUUUUGGAAUGUCAAGGGAAUGUGGGACAAUAAGACAAUAGGAGUGAGACAGCAUCAUUGUCGCAAGUGUGGCAGAGCUAUUUGUGCCUCUUGUUCUGAUCAACUCUCAACUUAUCCGAGAAUGGGAUUCGAGAAACCAGUUCGUAUGUGCCAGGACUGUCACUCUUCACUAACAACUGACGAUCGGAGUCCAAUGGCUUCUUUUAUUAAUAUGAAAUCCAUCGUUACUUCUCUUCAUCUUGUCCAUACUCUUGGUCACAUGGUAACUGCUAGUGAAGACAAACAGAUUAAAAUUUGGGACGUUAAUCCGAUGAUGAUGAACCACUAAUAGUGCAAGAGGUUAUCAUACUGUAUCAUAUUAUUAUUAAUUUUGUUUGUAUUCCUUACAAUGAAUGUUUAAUGACUAUUAUAUUAUGCCUGGUGGCUGCAUGAAGACUUUAUCAAAAUAGAUUAUUAUAUUUGAUAUCUUCUUUUAAAUUAAUUAACUUAA